AUGGCUCUGAACAUCCCCGGUGUGGUUGCGGUGGUAUUUUUCUACAUCCUUAUUCUGGGGACAGGGGUGUGGGCCGCCCGAAAGUCCAGGCAGGCCGAGAGGAAGAGCAACGGAAACAGGACCGAGGUGGUGCUCCUUGGUGACAGGAAUAUCAGCUUGGUGGUUGGGAUUUUCACCAUGACUGCCACGUGGGUUGGAGGUGGUUUCAUCUUGGGUGUAGCUGAGGCAGUGUACACUCCUAAAAUGGGCUUGAUAUGGGCUCUUAUGCCUAUACAAUACUCUGUGUCGUUCAUUAUAGGUGGUCUUUUCUUUGCCAAGCCAAUGAGGGACAAGAAGUAUGUCACCAUGAUGGACCCAUUCCAGAUCAAGUAUGGCAGAGUGCUGAGUGGUGCUCUGGUCCUGCCUUCUCUGCUGGUGGAUGUGCUGUGGGUGUCCUGCACUCUGCUUGGCUUGGGAGCAACUAUGAGCGUGAUCCUGGACUUGCCCUACGUUUAUUCUGUUUGGAUCUCCUCAGCUGUGGCCAUCAUCUACACUUUGUUAGGAGGCCUUUAUUCAGUGGCCUACACCGACGUCAUCCAGCUCUCUCUGGCUUUCUUCAGUUUGUGGCUGUGUAUCCCCUUCCUUUUGCUCAACCCCACAUCUGUAAACAUUGCACACACUGCUUUCAACCACACGUUUCAAGAACCCUGGGUCGGCACUCUGGAUCAGGACGAAGUCUGGAUGUGGAUUGAUGACUUCCUAAUGCUGGGUCUUGGCAGUGUUUCCUUUCAGAGCUUCCACCAGAGGACACUGUCUGCCUCUUCAUCACUAACAGCCCAGUUAACCUGCUAUGCUGCGGCCCUUGUCAUUGCCAUACUGGGAAUCCCCUCCGUAUUGGUUGGGGCUGUUGCCGCCUCCACAGACUGGAACCUGACGCAGUACGGCUCUCCACCUCCCUAUGUGCGUGGUGAGCACAGCUUGGUCCUUCCCCUGACCCUUCAGUACCUCACUCCAUCCUACAUCUCAAUCAUUGGAAUCGGAGCUGUAGCCGCUGCUGUCAUGUCAUCCACGGACUCCGGCCUGUUGUCUGCUACUUCUGUUUUCUCAUCAAACAUCUACAAGAACAUCCUGCGUAAACAGGCUUCAGACUAUGAAAUGCAGUGGGUGAUUCGGGUCACAGUGUUGGUGGUGGGCCUGCUUGGGACAUCCAUAACAUUCUACACCAACAGCACCUUGGUCCUCUGGAUCCUUGGAGCAGAUGUUUCCUACACCCUUAUAUUUCCCCACCUGGUCUCUGUGCUCUUCUUUAAAGUGACAAAUGGUUACGGUGCCAUGGUAGGUUACGUUAUAGGCCUGACUGUAAGGAUUUUGUUGGGAGAAAACACUGUAGGUCUUCCUGUUGUUCUUCAUCUUCCCGGUUGCACGUUGGAAGAUGGCAUCUAUGUCCAAAAGUCUCCGGUCAGAACGGUCUCCAUGCUCUGCACUCUGAUAACCAUCUUAGUUUUUUCCGCGCUGGCUUUGUUUAUGUUCGACCACGGCCUGCUGCCUGAAAGGUGGGACAUUUAUAAAGUAAAACGUAACACUACAGCACCGCCAUUGGAUGCUGUCGCACAGAAUCUCCAAGAAGAAGCUGAAAGUGGUGAUGAGUGUGAUGACAACAGACAUGGAGUUGCCUUACAGCCAAUGUUGCAGAGUGGAUCGUAAUGUUUUGUCUUUGCUUUUGUUAAGCUGCCAACCAGCAUUUCAUUAUGAUCUUAGUAACUGUGCAUAUUUAGAGAAACUGCAAGUUGCUUUA